GCAUUAAGUCAUCUUUUGAAUGUUUACUUUUGCAAAAUUAUGUUGCAAUGUCAAUUUUUUCAGUGCCGUCCAAUGAGCAUUGAAAAGGAAGUGUUUCCAUACAUGGCCAGUGAUGGCCAGUUAUAUGCACAGGAACUUCAAGGCUUCUGGAUGGAUAUUGGUCAGCCCAAGGACUUUUUAACUGGAAUGUGUUUAUAUCUCAACUCUUGUAAAACAAGCAACACUGCCAAACUGUAUAAAGGUCCAGGUGUUGUUGGCAAUGUCUUAGUUGACCCUUCUGCACAAAUUGGGAAAAACUGUCGCAUUGGUCCCAACGUAACUAUUGGUCCAGAUGUUGUAAUUGAAGAUGGAGCCUGCAUCAAGAGAUGUACCAUUUUACGGGGGGCAACCAUAAAGUCGCACACGUGGCUAGAGAACUGCAUUAUUGGAUGGAAAUGCAUUGUUGGUCAAUGGGUACGGAUGGAAAAUGUGUCUGUGCUAGGUGAAGAUGUAAUUGUCAAAGAUGAAUUGUAUAUCAAUGGUGGGAUGGUGUUGCCACAUAAGAGUAUAGCAACUUCUGUCCUAGAACCAAAAAUUAUAAUGUAAAUUAGUGUUUACAGCAGUUUUUGUUUUGUGAUUUUUCAUUAUUACUAGAGUUACUUUCAUAAUAGCUACCACACUGAAAAAGUAGAGUAGUAAAGGUUCUCAAUUUUUUGAGAUUCAGCUUUGUGAUAUGACUUUAUCAACCUGAUAUAUUUACCAUUAUCAGCAUUUGUAAAUUUCAACUUUAAUUGGUCAUUUUAAAGUUUUAGUUAUUUAAUCCCCUCCUCAUAAUUUCAUCUUUGUACAUAUCUGUUAGAAGGCAUAUUCUUCAACAAGUUCCAUUCAAAAUCCUUUUGAGCUUCCAUUCAUUCAGAUAGGCAAAUAUUAAUUUCUGGCUGGAAAUUUUACUGUUGGGUAGUGAUUAGCAAAAAUAAAUUUGGUGGUAGCCUGUUGAAGGUUUGGAUGAAUUAAAUAAUCACGAUGUAUAUUCAUCCAAUCUUGAAAAAUUUGUAUUGCAGAACUUAUAUAUGUAACAGAUAUUCUCAGCAAAAUGAAGAAAAAUCCAAAUAUUUGGGAAUGUAUUCAACUGGAAGAAUGACUUUAGUAGUUCCUUUUCUGGAGAUACGCCUAAUUUACUUUUAUUUUAGAUGUAUGAUACUCUGUUUAUCAGCAUAAGAAAAUUCCAGAACAGUUGUAAAUUAAUUUCUAGGAGAAUAAAGUUUCCAUGACAAACUGGAAGAAGAACUUUUAA